CUUCUAUUGAGUUUUCUAGCCAUCCAAACACUCCCUAACUCAUCUUCUUUCCAAUAAGCUUGAAGAAAUCACGCAAAUAUGGAACCAGCUUAGUGAGUGAAAUGAACUAGAUAUCGAUGGCGACGCUCGAAGAUAUAGCGGUUUCAGCAGCUCUUAAUAUUCUUACUACGUUUAUUAUGUUAAUAGCAUUUGCUAUAUUAAGAAUUCAACCGCUCAAUGAUAGAGUAUACUUUUCGAAAUGGUAUCGUAAAGGAAGAGAAAGUCCAAAGCAUGGGGGGGCAUCUGCGCGGAAGUUUGUGAAUUUGGAUUGUAGAUCAUACAUAAGGUUCUUGAAUUGGAUACCGGCUGCAUUGAAGAUGACGGAACCUGAGCUUAUUGAUCAUGCCGGAUUGGAUUCAGCUGUCUAUUUACGGAUUUACUUGAUGGGACUUAAGAUUUUUGUUCCUAUUGCAGUCCUUGCUUGUGCUGUUUUGGCACCGGUCAACUUUACAAACAGCACAUUAGGCGAAAAAACCGAGCUAUGGAAUGUAACUUCAAGCAAUAUUGAUAAGCUUUCAACUUCAAAUAUCCCGCUUAAAUCAGAGAGGUUCUGGGCUCAUAUUGCGUUGGCUUACGUCUUUACCUUCUGGACAUGCUAUGUGUUGAUGGAGGAGUACGGAAAAAUUGCUAGUAUGCGGUCGCAGUUUAUUGCAACAGGAAGGCGUCGGCCCCAUCAAUUUACAGUCCUUGUCAGGAAUGUCCCCCCAGAACAGGACAAAUCUGUUAGUGAGGUUGUGGAGCGUUUCUUUUUGGAAAAUCACCCAGAUCACUACCUAAAACAUGAGUCGGUAUACAAUGCAAACAAACUUGCCAAAAUGGUGAAGGAGAAGAAAAGGUUGCAGAAUUGGCUUGACUACUACCAAAAUAAAUGUGAAAGAAAUAAUUCAAAGAGGCCAGUUAUGAUCAAGACUAGUUUUCUUGGGCUUUGCGGAAAAAGAGUGGAUGCAAUUGAUUAUCACACAUCUGAAAUUGAAAAAUUGUCAGGAAAAAUAGAUGAGGAGAGAAAAGGGGUUGUUAAUGAUCCCCAGUCUAUAAUGCCGGCAGCAUUUGUUUCCUUUAAAACCAGAUGGGGUGCAGCUGUAUGCGCACAAACUCAACAGACCAGAAAUCCAACUGAGUGGUUGCCUGAGUGGGCUCCAGAGCCACGUGAUGUCUAUUGGAAAAACCUGGCAAUUCCAUAUGUUUCACUCAGGAUUAGGAGGCUGAUUAUUGGUGUUGCAUUCUUUUUCCUUACCUUAUUUUUCAUGAUCCCCAUUGCAUUUGUACAAUCUCUUGCAAGCAUUGAGGGCAUUGCAAAAGCAGCACCAUUUCUGAAACCCGUAGUUGAAAUCAAGUUUAUUAAAUCAGUCAUCCAAGGUUUUCUUCCUGGUGUUGUAUUGAAGCUUUUUCUCAUCUUCCUCCGGAAGAUAUUGACGAGUAUGUCUAAAUUUGAAGGAUUUGUAUCUCUAUCAUCUCUACAAAGAAGAACAGCUUCUAGAUAUUAUCUUUUCAAUUUUGUGAACGUCUUCCUUGGGAGCAUAAUAACUGGAUCUGCAUUUGAGCAGCUAAAUUCUUUCAUAAAGGAGCCAGCAAAUGAUAUUCCCAAGACAAUUGGAGUAGCUAUACCAAUCAAAGCAACUUUCUUCAUAACUUAUAUAAUGGUCGAUGGAUGGGUUGGUGUAGCUGCAGAGAUUUUAAUGUUGAGACCACUGAUUAUCUACCACUUGAAGAAUUUCUUCUUGGUGAAAACUGAAAAUGACAGGAAGAAAGCAAUGCGUCCAAAAAGUUUUCGUUUCAAAACUAGAGAACCUCGUAUACAGUUGUAUUUUCUGCUAGGCCUUGUCUAUGCGACAGUGACUCCUCUUUUGCUCCCUUUCAUAAUUGUUUUCUUUGCGCUGGCCUAUGUUGUUUUCCGUCAUCAGGUCAUAAAUGUUUACAUCCAAAAGUACGAGAGCGGUGCAGCAUUCUGGCCUGAUGUCCAUAAGAGAGUAAUUGCGGCAUUGGUUAUGUCACAGUUGCUUCUCAUGGGGCUGCUGAGUACAAAGGAAGCUGCUCAAUCAACACCAUUUCUCAUUGAUCUUCCUGUACUUACGAUAUGGUUUCAUAGGUUCUCCACAGGCCUUUACGAAUCUGCAUUUGUUAAAUAUCCAUUACAGGAAGCAAUGACGAAAGACACAUUCGAACGUGCACAGAAACCAAACAUUAACUUGAAUGGUUAUCUUCAAAAGGCAUACAUCCAUCCCGUCUUCAAAACUGAUGAUGAAGAUGAAGGUGAAGAUGAAGAUGAAGAUGAAGAUGAUAUGCCCUCUGGAAGCAGGGAAAACGAAAAAAUUUCAGUCCCCAAACAACGCCAAUCCCGUGGAAAGACACCAUUGCCCAGCGAAAUUAGUGAUGCAUCCUCACCAUCUCCCUUUUUGCCCGACACUGUUCGCGAAAGUCAGAGCCUUGAUUCUGUUUAAGACUUAUACUUUCUGUCCACAUUUGAGCUAUGCACUUCGAAUCAGUGAAGGAAGACAACACUGUAAAUAUUUUGAGAAAUAAGAGCAUCGUAGUUUCUUGUAUAGACAGAGUGAAAUAAGAGAGAGGUGGCCACUUGAACUUAGGCUUUCCAUUUUCGAGCAAUAGAAGCAAGUUCUGAACAUAUUUCCCAUUUUAAUCUUUAUGUGCUUCUUAGAAUUAAUGCAGUGUGUUUAAUGUAGUUUUGCUUCAAUUUUUCAAUAUCAUAAGUUUAUUUUUACUCUGUAAAAAUCCAUCUAUGAGCCUCAAACUUGGAGCAUGAUAUCCUGGACUGAAUUGUGAGACCACAAAGUGUUAU